AUGAGCAGCCGCCCCCUGAAGGAGAUGUCCGAAACCCACGGCCGUCCUCUCCUGGCAGAGCCUCUUUCCAGCAGGUACAAACUCUACGAGUCAGAGUUACCCAGCCCUACCUGGCCCUCCAGCCCCCAGGAUACACACCCGGCCCUGCCCCUCCUGGAAAUGCCGGAAGAAAAGGAUCUCCGGUCAUCCAACGAGGAGAGCCACAUCGUGAAAAUUGAAAAACCCAAUGAAAGGAGUAAAAGGAGAGAAAGUGGAGCAGCGCCCCGGGGCUCUGCAGGCCGGGGAGGCAUCAGCCUCUUCCAAGUAGUGAGCUACCUCACGGGCGAGAUGAAGGAGUGCAGGAGCUGGCUGAAAGAUAAGCCGCUGGCCCUCCAGUUCACAGACUGGAUCCUGAGGGGGGCUGCUCAGGUGAUGUUCGUCAACAACCCUCUCAGCGGGUUCAUCAUCUUCAUAGGGCUCCUGAUCCAGAAUCCCUGGUGGACGAUUGCUGGGGGUCUGGGGACAGUGGUCUCGACCUUAACUGCCCUCGCCUUGAGCCAGGACAGGUCUGCCAUCGCCUCCGGACUCCAUGGGUACAAUGGGAUGCUGGUCGGACUGCUAUUGACCGUGUUCUCCAAGAAGCUUGACUAUUAUUGGUGGCUUCUGUUUCCUGUGACCUUCACCGCCAUGGCCUGCCCAGUUCUCUCCAGUGCCCUGACUUCCAUCUUCAGCAAGUGGGACCUCCCAGUCUUCACGCUGCCCUUCAACAUCGCAGUCACCCUGUACCUGGCGGCCACGGGCCACUACAAUCUCUUCUUCCCCACGACACUGGUAGAGCCCGUGUCUGCAGUGCCCAACAUCACCUGGACGGAGAUUGAAGUGCCCUUGCUGCUGCAAGCCAUCCCUGUCGGAGUCGGCCAGGUGUACGGCUGCGACAAUCCCUGGACGGGCGGCGUGUUCCUGGUGGCUCUGUUCAUCUGCUCUCCACUCAUCUGCUUGCAUGCAGCCAUUGGCUCAAUCGUGGGGAUGCUGGCAGCCCUGACAGUGGCCACGCCCUUCGAGAUGAUCUACCUGGGCCUCUGGAGUUACAACUGCGUCCUCUCCUGCAUCGCCAUCGGCGGCAUGUUCUACGCCCUCACCUGGCAGACCCACCUGCUGGCCCUCGUCUGCGCCCUGUUCUGUGCAUACAUGGGAGCAGCCCUCUCCAACAUAAUGGCCGUGGUUGGCGUGCCACCAGGCACCUGGGCCUUCUGCCUCUCCACCCUCAUCUUCAUGCUCCUAACAACCAACAACCCCGCCAUCUACAAGCUGCCCCUCAGCAAAGUCACCUAUCCGGAGGCCAACCGCAUCUAUUACCUGACACUGAAAAGCACUGAAGAAGAGAAGUCCCCCAGUGGUGACGGUGGGGAGCAGCCAGUCGCGACGAGCCCCAAGGCCGAUGAGGGCUCGGAGGCUGUGGUCCCCAAGCCCAGGAGCGUGUUCCACAUCGAGUGGUCAUCCAUUCGGAGGAGGAGCAAAGUGUUUGGGAAAGGUGAACACCAGGAGAGGCAAACCAAAGACCCUUAUCCCUAUCAAUACCGAAAGCCCACGGUGGAGUUGCUGGAUCUGGACACCAUGGAGGAGAGCUCGGAGAUCAAGGUGGAGACGAGCAUCUCCAGGGUUUCCUGGGUCCAGAGCUACAUGGCUGCCAGCGGCAAGAGGAUCAGCAAUGCCCUGAGCUACGUCACAGGAGAGAUGAAGGAGUGUGGAGACGGCCUGAAAGACAAAUCCCCAGUGUUCCAGUUCCUGGACUGGGUCCUCCGGGGCACAUCUCAGGUGAUGUUCGUGAACAACCCCCUCAGUGGCAUCCUCAUCGUCCUUGGCCUCUUCGUCCAGAACCCCUGGUGGGCCAUCUCGGGCUGCUUGGGCACCAUCGUGUCCACUCUGACCGCCCUCAUCCUCAGUCAGGACAAAUCGGCCAUUGCGGCAGGACUUCAGGGAUACAACGGGGUGCUAGUGGGGCUGCUGAUGGCCGUGUUCUCAGACAAAGGCGACUAUUAUUGGUGGCUUUUGCUCCCUGUCAUCGUGAUGUCCAUGUCUUGCCCCAUCCUCUCCAGUGCCCUGGGCACCAUCUUCAGCAAGUGGGACCUCCCAGUGUUCACGCUGCCCUUCAACAUCUUGGUGACCCUGUACCUGGCGGCCACGGGCCACUACAACCUCUUCUUCCCCACGACCCUGCUGCAGCCUGCGUCCUCCGUGCCCAACAUCACCUGGUCGGAGAUCCAAGUGCCUCUGCUUCUGAGAGCCAUCCCUGUGGGAAUCGGCCAGGUGUACGGCUGCGACAACCCCUGGACUGGAGGCAUCUUCCUCAUCGCUUUGUUCAUAUCUUCGCCUCUUAUUUGCUUGCACGCUGCAAUCGGAUCCACCAUGGGGAUGCUAGCAGCUCUCACCCUGGCUACGCCCUUCGACUCCAUCUACUUCGGCCUGUGUGGCUUCAACAGCACGCUGGCCUGCAUCGCCAUCGGGGGCAUGUUCUACGUCCUCACCUGGCAGACGCACCUCCUGGCCAUCGCCUGCGCACUGUUUGCCGCCUACCUGGGUGCUGCCCUGGCUAACAUGUUAUCUGUGUUUGGAUUACCCCCCUGCACCUGGCCCUUCUGUCUCUCGGCGCUAACCUUCCUGCUCCUGACGACCAACAACCCUGCCAUCUACAAGCUUCCGCUCAGCAAAGUCACCUACCCAGAGGCCAACCGCGUCUAUUACCUGUCCCAGGAGAAAAAUAGAAGACCAUCGACCAUAACAAAGUACCAGGCCUAUGACGUCUCCUAAGAUGCCCCUUCCAAGACAUGUCACUGUAAA